AUGGUGCAUUUUACUGCUGAAGAAAAGGCUAUCAUCACAAACCUGUGGGGCAAGGUGAAUGUGGAAGAAACAGGAGGAGAGGCCCUCGGCAGGCUCCUGGUUGUCUAUCCUUGGACCCAGAGGUUUUUUGAUACUUUUGGCAACCUAUCUUCUGCCUCUGCAAUCAUGGGAAACCCCAAGGUGAAAGCACAUGGAAAGAAGGUACUAACCUCCUUCGGAGAUGCUGUUAAGAAUUUGGACAACCUCAAGGGUACCUUUGGCCACCUGAGUGAGCUGCACUGUGACAAGCUGCAUGUGGAUCCUGAGAACUUUCGGCUCCUGGGAAAUGUUCUGGUGGUUGUCUUGGCAAAACACUUUGGAAAAGAAUUUACCCCUCAAGUGCAGGCUGCCUGGCAGAAGAUGGUGAUUGGUGUGGCUAAUGCUCUAGCCUACAAGUAUCACUGA